UGCUCGGUGAUCCUUUAAAAACUCUAGAACAAGCACGGAGUACUUUUUUAUUUUUUCCAGCCAAGCAUCCAAUUGCCAGUCACAUACAUGUUACGGUCUUCAUUUCUACGAAACUAUUGAGAGAGAGAAAAAAAAGAAACAGAAAAAAAAGCCAUGCAGUGUUAAAUGUUUGCGACUCAAACGCGUAGACACUCGCGUACAAAGAGAGAGGAACUGAAGACGCGCGCGCUCCUGCGUCUGUGCGCGAGAGGCGAAAACGCGUCAAUUUAAAAAAAAACCUUAAUAAUAAAUCAGCGCUCGCGAAACCUUUUCUUUGCUUUUGAAGAAUUAAAUAAAGAAAUCAAGCUGGCUCACGCUGUCUCGAACCCGACCACUCUGACAGCUGCUCUUCACCCCCUUUGGAGGACUGUCAACAGCAAAAGGAUGGCAUCAGAACUGGCAAUGAGCAGCUCCGACCUGCCCACCAGUCCCCUGGCCAUGGAAUAUGUUAAUGACUUCGAUCUGAUGAAGUUUGAAGUGAAAAAGGAGCCGGUGGAGCCCGAUCGCAGCAUCAGCCAGUGCAGUCGCCUGAUCGCCGGGGGAUCCCUGUCUUCCACCCCGAUGAGCACGCCUUGCAGCUCGGUUCCCCCUUCCCCAAGCUUCUCGGCGCCCAGUCCGGGCUCCGGGAGCGAGCAGAAGGCGCACCUGGAGGAUUUCUACUGGAUGACCGGCUACCAACAGCAGCUCAACCCAGAGGCUUUGGGCUUCAGCCCCGAGGACGCGGUGGAGGCGCUGAUCAACAGCAGUCACCAGCUCCAGAGCUUCGACGGCUAUGCUAGAGGGCAGCAGUUUACCAGCGCAGCCGGGCCGGGAGGCGCCAUGGCCGGCGAGGAGAUGGGAUCCGCCGCCGCGGUGGUCUCCGCGGUCAUCGCAGCCGCCGCAGCCCAGAACGGCGGACCCCACCACCACCACCAUCACCACCACCACCCGGGCGGGCACCAUCCGACGCCCGGGGUGCAGUCCAACGGCAACUCCGCCAACCACCAGCACAUGCACCUGGACGACCGCUUCUCGGACGAGCAGCUGGUGACCAUGUCCGUGCGCGAGCUCAACCGACAUCUCCGGGGGGUCAGCAAAGAGGAGGUCAUCCGGCUCAAACAGAAAAGGAGAACCCUCAAAAACAGAGGCUAUGCCCAGUCGUGUCGCUACAAGCGGGUCCAGCAGAGGCACGUCCUGGAGGGCGAGAAGACCCAGCUGCUGCAGCAGGUGGACCACCUCAAGCAGGAGAUCUCCAGACUGGUGCGCGAGAGAGACGCGUACAAAGAGAAGUACGAGAAGCUCAUCAGCAGCGGCUUCAGAGAAAAAUCGAGCAGCGACAACAACCCGUCGUCCCCGGAGUUUUUCAUGUGAGUUUACCGGCACUUAAUAGAGCAGCGGUGUGCAAAAGAUGUGUUGGAUUGGGCGCGCGCGGGUGGCAGUCACGGUUUCCGCUCACUUUUACUUUUGCAAAAAUUAGAAACAUUUAACCCAGUAAUGAAGAAAUCGAGCUUUAGAGUUUAGCCCACCUAACUUUUGCUCUCCGCUUUCGGACAAUAAUAAGACAUUUGCCAUCGCCGAGUGGUUAUCAUUUUGUUUAUUCUGUUGAAACUGUAAUAUGUGAAGGUAUACUUUCAUUUGAUACUUCCUCUGUCCUACGCCUCGUGUUGCGUAACUUUUAAGUUCACAUUUUUGUAAAGUUCAAGUGACACAUGCUGGUUACAUGAAAGCGUGGAGAAGUGUUUGAACUCAUGUCGAGUGUCUAAACAGACUCAUGCCCCUCAUAAACUGAGCGAGACUCACAUUGUUUCAUUCAAACUCCAUCACAUUCUGUGUUGUUGUGAAGAACUCACUCAGUAAUGUAUUUAUUUGUGUGUCGACCCCACAUGCUGGUCAUGUUGUGGCUGACGGUGUUUUGUGUUUCUUGUUCCUGAACGAACUGAGUUGAAAUGCUCCGACUUAACAUUCAUUUUCUCAUUGUCUGGUCCUGUCCACUUUUUUGGGACUCUGAGCAAAAAAGUGAGAUCUUUCAUCCUUUACAUGAAACAUUGCCUCCAUUAAUCUUGCGACAAACUCAUUUUUGAGUUGUCAUUGUCAUUUUUGACACUGUCAUUUUUGUACAACAAUUUUACAUAUGUUUUGGCAAGAAGAGUGAUUCUGUAUGUUUUAUUUUAUUAUUACUUUUUUUUUUUUUUUUUCGGACGAAGAUACAUUAUUAAACCCCUGAAACAAUUGUAACUUAUCUCAGUGUGAUACACUUAAGACUGAAAGAUUUGCAAUUUGACAAAUAUGUCACUCUAAAUAUUACUUGACCAUAAAAUAUGGUAAACCGAGCGCUGUCCUACCUAUUCGAGGGACUGAAGUUUUUAUAAAUUACUCUCAUUAAGGAGAAGAAUAUUGUAGCCUAUAGAUGAAGAAUGAAGAGUUUGUCUUGGCACGCGCUCGAAAUACUGCACUCAAAACUGUUAUUUUAACAUUUGCAAAUAUAUUUCAAAUUAUUACAUGAUACAGCCUAAUACUGAGGUAUCUCGGAGCUCGCUGCCUUAAAACAUUUACUUGCAUCAGGUGGGAAAUAAGACCUUUCAGAAAACUAAACAGUCCCAGCUUAUACUUGUGCUACUGUUAAUACAACGUUUUAAUAUUUGAUAGCGAUUAAUUGACAAAUAAUGACUGUACAAACUGGAGCAGAAUAUAGUUAAUCAAUAAAUGUUAAAUAUUGCAAA